GUGACGUCGUGAUCGCUGCGCCUGAGGCGGAAGUGUACUAUUUUUGAUUGCAGAGCCCAGGACCGGGGUUACCCUGGAUACUGGAGGUUUGUGGGACGCCCUAAGGGCCAGUAGGAGCAGGGCCCCAACCUGGACAAGCCUGUAGCCCGGAGUGUGGAGGGAAGAGCGGCGCUCAGGAUGUUCGCGGGGCUGCAGGAGCUCGGGGUCGCCAACGGGGAAGAUCUGAAGGAAACACUGACCAACUGCACCGAACCCCUGAAAGCCAUAGAGCAGUUCCAGACAGAAAAUGGCGUCCUGUUGCCGUCACUGCAGUCAGCGCUGCCGUUUCUGGAUCUUCACAGCAUCCCCCGGCUCGAGUUCCACCAGACUGUGUUCGAUGAACUAAGGGAGAAGCUGCUGGAGAAAGUGUCGGCCAUCGCAGCAGAAGGAAAACACGGGGACAGAUACACCAAGUUAGAAGAGCUCUUAGAGAAGUCUUUCCCCCUGGUGAAGAUGCCGUCCAUCCAGCCGGUGGUCAUGUGUGUCAUGAAGCACUUGCCCAAGGUGCCCGAGAAGAAGCUGAAGCUGGUGAUGGCCGACAAGGAUCUGUAUAAAGCCUGCUCCGUGGAGGUGAAGCGGCAGAUCUGGCAGGAUAACCAGGCUCUGUUCGGGGACGAGGUCUCUCCUCUGCUCAAGCAGUACAUCCAGGAGAAGGAGAACGUACUGCUCAGCAGCGACCUCUCCGUCCUGCACAACUUCUUCAGCCAGUCCCCAAAGACCAGACGACAGGGGGAGGUGGUUCAUAAACUGACUCAGAUGAUCGGGAAGAACGUGAAGCUGUAUGACAUGGUCCUGCAGUUCCUGCGCACUCUCUUCUUGAGGACCCGAAACGUUCACUACUGCACGCUGCGGGCGGAGCUUCUUAUGUCCUUACAUGACCUGGACGUCAGUGAGAUCUGCACAGUCGACCCCUGCCACAAGUUCACCUGGUGCCUGGACGCCUGCAUCCGAGAGAAGUUUGUGGACGCAAAGAGAGCUCGAGAGUUACAGGGAUUUCUCGAUGGAGUGAAGAAGGGUCAAGAACAGGUUCUGGGAGAUUUAUCCAUGAUCUUGUGUGACCCGUUCGCCAUCAACACUUUAGCUUUGAGCACCAUCCGGAACCUGCAGGAGCUGAUCGGCCAAGAAUCCCUCCCCAGGGACAACCAUGAAUUGCAUCUGCUUCUCAGAAUGCUUUCCCUGGGGCACGGAGCCUGGGACAUGAUAGACAGCCAGGUGUUUAAGGAGCCCAAGCUGGAUACGGAGCUGAUCACCAAGUUCUUGCCUCUCCUGAUGUCCUUGGUGGUUGAUGACUACACAUAUAAUGUAGAACACAAGUUACCGACAGAAGAGAAAGUGCCCGUCAUGUACCCCAAUACCCUGCCGGAUGUCUUUACUAAGUUUCUGCAGGAGAACAGAAUUGCCUGUGAGAUUGGACUCUACUACCUGUUGCACAUCACAAAGCAGAGGAAUAAGAACUCGCUGCUCCGCCUGCUGCCCGCCGUCAAAGUGACCUACAACGACACGGCGUUCACCGACAUCUUCCUGCACCUCUUCACCAGUAACCUGACGCUUCUGUCUGAGGAGUUUGGUUCAGAAGAAUUUUGCACCCACAUCUUUGACAGCUUCUUUCUGAUGGCUCUCACCAAAAAAGAAAAUAUCCACAGACAUGUCCUCCGCCUGCUGCUUCACCUCCACCACAAAGUGGCACCUUCCAAACUGGAGUCUUUACAGAAAGCCUUGGAACCUACCAAAACGAGUGGCGAGCCAGUAAAGGAGCUCUACAACCAGCUGAGCGAUAAGCUGCAGCAGAAGAAAGCCAGCCCCCCGGCCGCAGAACCAGAGCCUGCCGCCAUGGACUUGUCCCUGCACAACAUGCCCACACCGCCGGUGGUUUAAUCUCUCUCAUGGUGCCAGGAGUGGCGUAUAAAGGUGCCCACAUACUGUGAUAUAAGCCGGACAUUUAGGCUGGGUUCAGAAGUGACAAAAAAAUCAGUUGUGGAUUGUGUUGCAUUUCCGCAGCAAAAACCCAGUGUACGACAGCGGUAAUAUCAUCGGAGUUCACCUUCUCCAUGGCAAAGGGUGAAAUCCACAAUGCCGGCCGCACCUCUUCCUUGCGUUUUUUGUGCGGAUGAGAAUUCAGAGAUUCGCAUCCAUAUUGCUAGUGCUGUACAACGCUGCAGCUUUGCCGCAAAAAUCCGCCAUGGCAAAGCUGCAGCUAAUGAGUCACGUGUGACCCCGGCCUUAUGCAACGCGCACCUGACCUCUUUGGGUGGAGUGUUUCCUUAAAUGCUCCCCAUAUGCUUCAAGUUUAUGUGAAUGUUCUGUGUAUCUGCGGAUGAUAGUAUUAGGCUAGGGUUACACGACGAUGGUGGGCACGCAAAACACGAUGCACCGUGACAUUGCCGGUAGUGAUUGGGAUCACGUUGUGGCAUGUGACAUUGCCUGCACAGACUUCAAUGCAAGUCGUGCGUGAUCGCAACUGUUUUGCUGCGUUUUUUGUUUUGUUAACCAUCUAAGCAAAAUUGCGCGCGACUCAGAUCAUAAAAGUCGCAUAAGAGCAAAUGAAGUCACAUGAAAAGAGUCGCCAUGUAGCCGUAGCUAUUGCUGUGUAACUGGCAAGAUGGCCGCCACACACACCAGACUCUUGCCUUGUGUUGAAAUAGAUUUUUAUUUUAUUUUUACCAAAUGGAAAUAAACAUUUGUGGGUUUUUUUUAAUACAUUUUUCCAGCUGUCACAUUGCUUUUUCCAGGGCAGAAUUAGUAAGACUGGGUUUACACAGUAAGGAACUCUUAAAGGGAUGGUAUAGGGCAGGGAUCAGCAACCUUUGGCACUCCAGCUGCUGUGAAACUACAAUUCCCAGCGUGCUCAGCUGUUCUAACCCCCACAGAAGUGAAUGAAGCAUUCUGGGAGUUGUAGUUUCUGAACAGCUGGAGUUGCGGAGGUUGCUAAGCCCUGGUACAGGGAUUGAACAUACAGCAGUGCAGCUCCAUCCUCCACUAUGUAAUGAACAGACUGGUUCUCCAUGACUACAGGAGCUCAGGCGGAUCAGGUCGUGCAGUCGCAGUUUCCCUUAGGCAUUUAUGGCGCAUGAACAGGCUCCAUUGACAUUUAUAGGUAUUACAGAAAGGGCAGAGCCGAUAUUAGGGCCUUCACCUACCAGCUGCGUCAUAUCUUGUGGUUAUAUCCUACAUGCCUAAGAUUGGAAUAGCCCCUUAAGGGGCAUCUGUCAGCAGCUUUGUCUCUAUGACACUGACCAACCUGUUACAGGUGCGUUUGGCAACUAAAGACAUCUGCGUUGGUCCCUUCUUAAUAUAUGCAAAUGAGCCUCUAGGAGCAACAGGGGCGUUACCAUUACACCUAGAGGCUCUGCUUUCUCUGCAACUGCUGCGCCCUCUGGACUUUGACUUUAGGAUAGGUCAUCAGUGUAUGAUUGUUGGGGGUCCCCUGUGCAGGACCCCCACAGCUCAUCAGAAGGUAGAGGCACGGACACUGCUGAAUGUUCAGUCUCAUUCAGUGUAGACAUCCUGGGGUCUCAUAGAGAGAACUGUGCCAGAAGAGCAGCGCUGCUCAUGUCGCUCAGAGUCCAAUAGUCAUUUCACAGCUGACGAUCAGAAAGGAGAGCAGCAUUCCACAUCGCCACACUAUGCGUUAUGUGUAGUGUUGAGCGAACUUGUGUUUUGAGUUCGGCGUCUAAAAUUCGGGCUCGGGUUAUCGAAGAAUCGCGUUAUGGAUUCCGCUACCACGGACCAUAACUGAAUUUAGAAUCCAUAACGCGAUUCUUCGAUAACCCGAGCCCGAACUUUAGACGCCGAAUUUAAGACACAAGUUCGCUCCACACUAGUUAUGUGCUCUGCCCGGCGCCCACACGCUCCACACUAGUUAUGUGCUCUGCCCGGCGCCCACACGCUCCACACUAGUUAUGUGCUCUGCCCGGCGCCCAUACGCUCCACACUAGUUAUGUGCUCUGCCCGGCGCCCAUACUACACAGUCCUAACACUGCAGAUCCUAGCGGAGGAUCAGCUACAACCAGCCAUCCUCUGCAGGGAUCCGUGUUUCAUCAAUCUGUGGAUGGGAUGUGGAGCAGAUGAGCGAUAAUACUGUAUACAGUCUACAGGGUUAGUCAACGUGUAUGCUCAAUAUUCCCUAAUACAGAAUGAUUCGGAAAAAUCUGCAUGAGUCCAUGUGUGUGAUACGCCUGUAGAUAAAUGCCAAGUCACUGCCAGUGGUGCCAGCAUCACCCAGCGACUAUGUCAGUGGACUCGCAUUUCAAUUAAAAUACUGCUGUGAGUGAGAAAAAGUAGAAAUAGGUUCUAGGGGGGUCUUUGCAUUUACGUCUGAGCAUGCAGAGCUGCAGUAUAAAGCAUGGACAAAUCUAUAGUCCAAGUCCCUAAAGUACUCCUGGAGACCAUGCUCCUCAUACUAGUCCUCAUCAUUGUCUUCCUCAGUUAGUAGUAUUUUGGGAAUGUCUGCUGGAAUUUCCUGUUCCUCAAAUUUGCCCUGAAAUGAAAUGGAGAGGUCCACGAUCCUAUCCAGAGGACAACUUGUGACAUCUCUAGCCCUGGCCAACCUCAGGGCAGGUUCUGAAGAACCACCUGGAAGAUCUUGACCGGGCAACAUGAAUGACUUCUUCAGGACACUCUUACUAAAGGUAGGUCCUCGAGGCGUACAAGCUCUAAGAAUCCUAGGGUCAUUCUUUUUGGUCGGACCUCCUCUAUUGCUGUCCAUUGGUGGCGGUACUGGCAUGGUCCAGUCUAUGCUGUUAUCAGGGGUGAACUCAAACUUCAGUUUGGGAAUAAAAAUGGCGUUUUCAUCUGUACUUCUUGUCAGGACCAGGACUCCUUGACUUUGUCUUAAAAUGUCAUUAGUUCUCAACCGGACACGUUGAGAUCCCACUUCUGUUGCGUUAUGUUCGUGUGGAGGAAGAUCUGGUGUCUUCAAGUUGUCUUCAGCUGAAUUUGACUCAUUGUCCAACUUUGGAGGAACAGAGUCCUUUUGGGCUUGAGGUGACACUGGAUGAGAGAUAUCAUCAUUGGGACCUGUAUCUUUCAGGUGGCUAUGAUUUGACUGACAUUUUUCUUGACCUUCUGUGGUUGGUUCUACUUCUGAAGGCUUAUAUGAACCAUCAACCACAUUAAUGUCAGGACAUCUAGGUUGGGGUUUGCUAGUAGGUGGAUCUUCAGUUUGGUUCUCUACGUCAUGACAUAAAGGUGGUUGUGAAAGUGCCUGCUCGUCUCCUGGAGGCUGGUCUUGGCCAUCUCCAGUCAGUGGGUAACUAGAGUCAGUGACUAACAUCCCGACAUCUUGUUUAAUAAGGUUACCUUCUGUCUCCUCAGACAUUUCUGGGACGUUACUCAGGGGUGAGGACUUCUGAAUGUCCUGUACAUUGGAUUCUGCCAAGCUACUGGCAUCACGUAGGUCAUCUCCAGGCUGGGCAGUCUGUGCUGGAUCAUAAGACACUUGACCGUUGUCAGUGGUUCUGGAUUCAUCACAACCUUUGUCAUCCAGAUUCAGUUGAUUUAUUUGGUGGCUCAGUUGGUGGCCUCCAGUAUGUUCAUCUGAUGGCAGAGCCUUCACCGCUCCAGGCUGGUUCGUGUUCUCUCUAGGGGGAGGAUAUACAUGGAGGUGAGGUAUGGUCCAUAGUCUAUAUAUCUGCACAUGAGCACAAAAAUGGCCCUCACCUUCUGCUGGCAAUUCCCGUCCUCCUCCUGGAAGACUCUGUCUGUUUCACCGAUGACCUGGGUAAUGGGUGCUGCUUACGGCUCCAAGGCGGCUGUCUGUGAAGGGCUGUCUGACGAAGAAUGAUGUUCUGUUUCACGUCUCCUGCUCCCACCCAAAAGAAGAACAGGGAGAUAAGGGACCAUAUUCAAUGGUUGGUAGUAGACUAUAUUAACGGGAUUAUCAGAGGUGAAAAAAGGUUUGCUUUUUUUUCUCAUCCAGAAACAGCGCCCCCACCCAUCCAUGGGUUGUGACUAGUAUCGCGGCUCAUCACGAAUACUGUAAUACCAGACAAAACACAUGGACAUCAAUGUCACCAUUUCUAGAAUAAUAAUACAAUAAAUACUUGUACUCCUCAUAAUAAAACAUUUUCUUUAAAACUUUG